AUGACUAUCUCUACGUUGGCGUUUGGAAAGGCAAGCGCGUUCGGGAAAGCUGAGCCAAGUCUUGUACAGCAGAUCAAAUCAUUGACGGCAACGCGACAUCUCAGCAACGUCGUAAACGCGGGUCAAACCAAUCAUCAUGUCGAGAAUAAUGGCAGACCUACCAAAGCCCUUGACGAGCAGCUGACCCAACGAGAACUCUUCAUGGACGUGUUGAGUGCCAAUGCUACCCGACGGGAUGCAAAGCAGUAUCUCGCUCGGUUCAAGCCGGCCAAAUCAAAGUCACAAGUAGUAUCCAAGGGCCUAGCUGACCGCAAUGCUCGCCACCGCCAGGACCAAGAACGGCUGGACAGGCUUGGUGUGAAUUUGGGUGGUCUCUAUGCGCCAUCGCGAGCUAUAGCAGCGGCGGCACAAUUCGUACGAGAUGACCGAGCACAGCAGACCGAGGUUGCUAUGCAGCAGUCAAUCAUGCAUGUCGCACUGGUGUGUCUUCGUGCUCCUGAAGUGCUGGAUGCUGCCACGCUGGACGGUCUAGCCACCACGCUGUCACAACUAGUCAAGCUAGACAUGCGCAUCGCCAUCGUACUUGAUAUCGCCGGUACGAGUACGGAACUUAGUCUCCGAGAACAGCGAUCUCAGUAUGCUGUGCAAGCUGAGCGGUUGUUACAGGCUAUCAGACAUCACAGUCCCGAAGCCUCUCACUUCGUCACUGGAGCAUUGACCGUAUCUGAUCAUACAGACAGCAAGAUCGAAGUUCUGGUGCCGGACUUGAUAAUGGAGCCACUCAAGCGCAGCACGAUCCCGAUCAUCCCACCGCUGGCAUACACAGCUACCGGCCAGCUCAAGAAAGUAGAUGUUGGCAGCGUCAUGGUAGCACUCACUCGCAUGCUAUCGAUCAGUUCAAAAGAUCAACAACCUAAAUCGAGCAAGUCGACCACUCUUACAGAACUAGGCCGCAUCAUCGUCCUGGACCCAGCAGGCGGCGUACCGAGCAAAAGACGAAGUGACGACGCGCACGUCUUCAUCAAUCUCGAGCAAGAAUACGAACCCAUCCAGAAGGAGCUCUCCCUCUAUGCAUCAUGGGACGACACUGUCAGCCGACCGAACAUGUUUGAUCAACACCAAGCGAACCUGCGGAUGCUGAAAGACUGCUUGGCAAUCCUACCCGCAGCCUCAUCCGGUCUAGUCAUCUCACCACAAGACGCAGCCUCGUCUUCGCAAACGACCCGAACACAAGCGACAACCAUCGAUACCGGCACGAGAAGGCAGAAGAACACCCUCAUCCACAACCUCUUGACUAACAAACCCAUGGUCUCUUCCUCCCUCCCCACAGCUCGUCUUUCAAGCGUGACGGACUCUAGUCAGACAAUAGCAGCAGCGACAGCCACCCUAGUAAAACGCGGCAUGCCCGUCACCAUCAUCCCGGCACCCCACCCCCAACACGGCUGGCAAGUCCCCCUAAACGGAACCACGGGCCUCGAUCUCCAAAACGACCCUCGCAUCAGUUUCCCGCGCCUUCUACAUCUAAUCGAAGACUCCUUCCGUCGCAAGCUGGAUGUCGAACACUACAUGUCUCGUAUCCGUGACCGGACAGCCGGGAUCAUAAUAGCAGGCGACUACGAAGGCGCUGCGAUCCUGACGUGGGAGACGCCGCCACCAAACACAUCGUCACAGCCCUCGCCUCCCGUCCCCUACCUCGACAAAUUUGCCGUCCUCCAAUCCUCCCAGGGCUCCUCGGGGGUAGCAGAUAUCUUAUUCCAAUCCAUGGUGCGCUCGUGCUUUCCCCGGGGGGUAUGUUGGCGCAGUCGUCAGGAUAAUCCGGUGAAUAAGUGGUAUUUUGAGCGGGCGGCGGGGAGUUGGAAGGUCCCGGGGUCUGGGUGGACGAUGUUUUGGACGGGGGAGGGGGUUGUGGAGGAUGAGGUGAAGUGGGCGGGGUAUGAGGGGGUGUGUAGGGGCGUGGGACCUAGUUGGGCGGAGGGGGCCAGGUUGGAUUAG